AUGUGUACUAUCAAAGCUCGCAACCGCGUCUCCAACCUUACUAAAGAUGGGAAGGCUUUUCACUUAGCACUCAAGGCUGACCAUGCUGAUCUGAGCUACUACUUAAAGAAGACUGAGAAGGGUACCCAUGCAUCUUGCAUUGCGAAUCAGAAAGUCAAGAAUAUUAGCGCCUCUUCUUCUUCUCCACAAGCACCACCAUCUACUCCGCCACAACUUCUGUCUGAGCUUGCUGCAUUUGAGGAUGAGCUUUCCGAUGAAGAGAUCGCUAGCAUCCAGGCUCUCUUAACUCAAGCGCGCAUUGAUGCCCAUGAAGAGUCCAAUUUCUGCAAGUGGCAACAUUUCUGGGAUAGAUGUAUCCGCUCAUAUACGAGAAAGGCUGGAAAGCUGAGAAAGAAGCCUGAGUGUCUCUUUGAGUAUAUGCCGUGGAUUGAUGUAGAGGAAGGCACUUUUCACGAGGUUAUCCCACCACAUAAAUAUUUCUGUUUGUACGAGCAGGCAGUUUGGACAAACUUUACAGCUUGGAAGUUUGGAAAGUGGGCCCAAUUACCAGGACCUGCGCAGUGGUACCCAAAGUCUUACAAUCUUGUCGACAAUGGAUGGUUGCAAGUCUCCACUCAUAGUUCUAGCUUCAAAGAGGCAUUCUUACUUGUCUACUCUAAGAAGUUUGAUAAGGAAAAGUGGGCUAAGGUAUCAGCUGCGCAGGAUAUGUUGUUCCUGGAGCUAGAGUAG